CAGUAUCAUUAUCGAUCUACCUGAAGAGGUUUUUAGUUUCAGUGAUAUUCUGAUCCAAUGCAGAUAACAGUUCACAUGUCUUUACUGACACAAAAAGUAAAUGUUUAUAAUUUUAACAUAAUGAGAAAAGUUCUGCGAUAUUGUUGAGAAUUUGUGAGUUUUUCAUUUGAUGCCAUGGAAACCCAACCUCUAGUUGACCUCGACAACAAACCAGGCUACUCUAGUCAAAGUGACGACUAUAACUCUCUAGAAACCUGCCAUGUCCAAGUAGAAUCUUGGAAAAAAGAUUACGGUUCCUGCAGAACACACAGUGUGUUGCCGCCCAAAAACCAAUUGAUAUUCAAAUGGUGUGAAAUAAAUGCCUAUGGGGAACAGAAAAACCCAUCGCAUCAGAUCAACUUGAGUAGGUAUCUUAAGAGGAAAAGCAAUAUCAGAAAGCACAUAUUGAAAAAUGUGAGUGGAGUGGCAUAUCCAGGAGAAUUGCUGGUUUUGAUGGGUUCAAGUGGUGCUGGAAAAACAACGCUGUUGAAUUGUAUGACCUUUCGAAAUGUCAAGUCUCUUGACAUAACCGGCCUCAUAUGUAUAAAUGAUGAACCGGUAACACAGUGCCAACUAGCGGCCAUAUCAGCUUACAUUCAACAAGAUGACAUGUUUGUUAGCUGGCUGACAGUGAGAGAACAUCUCAUUUUCCAGGCAUUGGUGCGCAUGGCUGCUCAUUUUUCCUACGAAGAAAGAAUACAACGAGUGGAGAACGUCUUAGGGGAGCUCUCUUUGAGAAAAUGUCAAGACGUACAAAUCGGCAAUCCUGGCAUUAUAAAAGGCAUCUCGGGUGGCGAACGUAAAAGACUUGCCCUUGCCGCUGAACUUUUGACCGAUCCAUCAUUGCUUUUUUGUGAUGAGCCUACAUCAGGGUUGGACUCGUUCAUGUCACUCAACGUGGUGCAGAUGCUCAAAGCGAUGGCACAAACUGGAAGAACAGUGAUUUGCACACUUCAUCAACCUUCUUCUGAGCUCUUCCAAAUGUUCGAUAAAAUUUGCUUCUUGGCCGAAGGCAGAGUGGCGUUUCUUGGCAACUCUUUCGAGGCAAACACAUUUUUUGACAGAUUAAGAGCUCCCUGUCCCUUGAAUUUCAACCCAGCAGACUACUACAUUCAACUCUUGUCCAUAAUACCUGGUAGAGAAGAAUCCUGUCGACAAGCUCUAAAAACCAUCUGUGAUGCAUUCGAAGAAUCUGAAUUUGGCUUAAAAAUCAGAAGGGAGGCAAUUGUAGCACAGGCAACAGCUUCAGAAAAUAUCUGGAUCCUUACCAAACAUCAAACGAGUCCAUACAAAGUAUCCUGGUGCUCCCAAUUCAGGGCUGUUUCGUGGAGAUGCUGGUUGUCAAUAAUGAGAAAUCCUCGUCUAACUAAAGUCAGGUUUCUGCAAGUGCUAUUCGUGACAACCUUGAUCAGUCUUCUGUUCUGGCAACAGAGGUACGAUCAAUUUGGUGUUCAAAAUAUAAACGGUGUCUUGUUUCUAUUUCUGACGAAUGCCACAUUUCAGAACCUUAUUGGGGUGAUUGCGACAUUCUGCGGUGAAUUGCCUUUGUUUUUAAGAGAACACAAGAAUGGUAUGUAUAGAACGGACGUUUAUUUCAUAUCAAAGAUGCUUGCUGAUGUUCCUAGUUUCACAAUACUGAAUAUUCUCAUGACGUCCAUAUGUUACCUCUGUAUUGGUCUGAACUCAGAAUGGCCAAAAAUACUGAAUACUGUUGGUAUAAUGUUGUUGGUAGUAUACACCGUUAUGAGUGCAGGAUACUUUAUAUCGACGAUUGCUCCAAACAUUGCAACAGCGAAUAGUAUGGUGACAGUAUUUGUAACGCCUUUUCUUAUUUUCGGAGGAUUUUUUUUGAGUAUAAGGUCUAUUCCAUUCUAUCUCACAUGGUUAGCUGAUUUCUCCUGGUUUAAGUAUGGAAAUGCAGCGCUGCUUAUCAAUCAGUGGACAAAUGUAUCAAAUAUUACGUGCAAUAGCAACAGUCCGACAUGUCUGGAAAACGGAGAAAUUAUUCUAGAAUCUUUAGGAAUCGAACAGGGGGAUUUUCUUCAUUCCAUUCUUGCUCUCAUCAGUAUGACUGUUCUGCUCAGGAUCAUUUCCUUCAUAGUUCUCUUGUACAAGGCAUACUACUUCGAAUAGAAGAAAGCUCAGGAAUUUACCAUAAAAAGGAAUUGAAUGUUCGAAAUUAUGAU